UGGUGAUCGGUUUGAACUGCAUGAUGUACGGCGCGAUCAGGAACCUCGUAUCCAACUACCUGUACAAUCCACUUACCUUCUACAUUGACUCGGCACACCUACAAUGGAACACUACCUUUCCAGCAGUAACGCUGUGCCAGGUAGUCAAUAGUGAAACCAUUUCCGAGCUAACCGAAAGUCAUUUUGGCGCCAAUCGCAAUCCCUUGGUGGACAGUCUGGUGAUGGAUAUAGCAUUUUAUGGCGGAACCUGCUACACAUGCGAAGAGUGUCUGUCGGGAGCGAUCAAUUGUAGUGCGCUGGGCAGCCUAAGUGACCUAGUGCGCCGUUACCGGGCCUCCUGCGAGGAGCUACUGACCGACUGCCAGUGGCAGCAACAGCCGGUCGACUGUUGCCAGCUGUUUCGCCCGCUCGACACCGAGUUCGGUCGCUGCUAUGGUGUGAACGUCCGUAACAGUAUGGUCGGUGGCGGUGGUGCAGGACUAGUAACGUUGUCCACGGUGCCACCACUGGUCAGCAAUCGGCAGACUGGCCCAGGCCGGUUGGAAUUCCGUGUGCUGGAGGACGUGCAACUGUAUCUGCACGAUGAGUACGGCGUACCGCAAGCCUACAUCGACCGUACGCUGCGCGAAACCAUCCUGUGGGGCAUGCGGAAGGAGCUGGUAGUGCGCGUGAUCGAGAUCGAAAACCGGGAUGCGGUGGCUGAACUGUCGGUCGAACGGCGCAACUGUCGCUUCCCUUGGGAACUGGCCCCAGAUCAAGGGGCGCAGCUGUACCGCUAUUACAGCUUCUCUGUCUGUGCUGUAGAGUGUUUCGCUCAGACACAGCGCCAUUAUUGCAACUGUACGCAUCAUCUGAUGCCGCGGGCCGCGUCGGAACUGGUGGACGAGUGCUCCUUUGACGGGCUCGCCUGUCUGACAAAACAUUCGGUUGAGAUUGCCCAGGCGCGCAAGCGGUGCCCAUGCCUGGCAUCCUGCGUCGAACCGGAAUUUUUCGUCAUUCACAAGUCGGAAGAGUACUUUCCAGAAGAUGAACAGGAGGAGGGGCGUGUUACUGUGCGGCUGCUGUCGUUGCCAUACGAACGAUUCGUGCGCAAUAUCGCCAAGACGGAGAUGGAUCUCUUUAUCGCGCUCGGUGGAUUCAUGGGGCUCUUUUUCGGUGCCUCACUACUGACGGCAACCGACUUUCUGCUGAACCUCUGGUGGGUCCGUCCCAGGUACUUGGUCAGCAGUCUAUUGCAGAACUCACCGAUGCGUUGGCUAAUAGGACUUUGCUUUAUAUCCUUCUCCUUUUCCACAUUUGUUCGAAAACCACUAUAUGGUGGAUAG